GUGGUCUAUACAAAACCCCACCAGUCUGGUAUCCGGUUAUGAAAGCUUAUCCUCCUGGGCCUAGCAUUCUUCGUUCCCCACUUCAAUUCCAAAAAACUUCGUUAAGAGAAAAUAAUAAACGAAAAGUCAAACAUUUGAAAACCAAAGUUUCUAAACCUCAACCGAUCGAAUUUCCCGAGGAUAAAUUACGUAGGCGGUUUUAUAAAGACCACCCUUAUGAAUUAUUAAGACCUCAAGUUUUGAUAGAAAAUGAAUCCCCGAUCGAAGAUGAGAUUUUAUUGGAUAAUAUACACCCUUCUCGAGUGAAUGGCGAAAGUGUAAUUAAAUAUCAGCUUCACCUAAUAUCAAAAGGAGUUGAGGAACACAAGGCCUAUGAACAAGCAUGCAAUAAGUUUUACGCAAUUCGCGCAAAACAGGAAGUUGCAGAACGUGUAGCUGAAGAACAAGCAUUAGCUUUUGGCGCUAAACGUCCUUUGUCGCAAGUAGAAAAGGCAUUGUGGUUAGAACAUGAAAAUAUCAAAAAAUGUCCGCCACAGAUUGUAAACUUAACAUUGAAAACUGGUUAA